AUGACGGGCGCCCUGGGCUUGGCUCCCGGUGGCGCGCCCAGCAGCGCCCGCGCCAGCUCCUGCACCCCCGCCCGCAGCGGCAGCCGCCGCGCAGCCCGCAGUGCAGGCGGCAGCGCCGCGGCCCGGGCCGCAGAGGCGAGCCGCCCCCGCCCUGAGCACCACGGGGCCCGAGCGCCCUGGGCCGCGGAGGCCCCCCAGGCCCCCGGCGCGGCGGCUGCCGCGCGCCUCGCGCCGCCGGCGGUCGCGCCCGCGAGGGCCUGGGAGAGGAGCGUGAAGGUCGGCGUGCUGGCCAGGCUGACGGACCUGCUGCUCCCCGCCGGCGGAGUGCCGAAGCCCCCGGGGGGCGGGCCGGGCGGCCAGGGGGCGCCGCCCGAGCGCGUGGCGGACGACGCGGAGGGCGUGGGCUACGAGGAGAUCUCCUUCGAGGAGCCCAUCGGGGCCGGCAGCUUCGGGGCGGUCUGGAGGGGCAGCUGCCGCGGCGACGUGGUGGCCGUGAAGGCGUGCAAGGUCGCCGAUGCGCACGACGGCGCGAUGCUCCUCCGAGAAAUCCGCUACCUCCAGAGGCUCCGGCACCCCAGGCUGGUGUCCUUCCUCGGGUUCUGCAACCGGCCGCCCCACAUCUACCUGCUGAUGGAGUUCAUGUCGGGAGGCUCGCUCCACGCCGUGCUGUUCGGCCCCCCCUCGAAGAGGGCCAGGCUCUCGUUCGAGAAGAAGAGCUCGAUGGCGCUGCAGGUCGCGGAGGGCCUUGCCUACUUGCACGAGCUCAAUGUGGUGCAUCGAGACUUGAAGACGAUGAACAUUGUGCUGGACGUGGAUCUCAGCUGCAAGAUCUGCGACUUUGGUCUCACCGUGACGCUUGAGAAGACGCACCUGACGGUCCGCCACGUGCAGGGCUCGCCGAGGUACAUGGCGCCGGAGCAGUUCGAGUCGACCGCGAAGAUCACUGAGAAGGUCGACAUCUGGCAGAUGGGAUGCGUGAUGCUCGAGCUCUUCUUCAGCUGCGUGCCCUUCAAGGGUGCCACCGGCAUGCAGCAGAUCGCGGCAGAGCUUCUCGUGAAGAGGCGGCCACCGAGUUGCCCGGCCGAGGCAGAUCCUCGCGCGCGCGUCCUCGCGCAGUCCUGCCUCCGCGUGGAUGCCCGCCAGCGGCCGUGGGCCACAUCGCUGGUAGCGGCGCUGGCCUGCGUCCUGGAAGGUUGCGGGGAUGCGGAUCGCUGA